CACUGCAGCGUCUGUUUGUGAGAGCGCUUGCGCGAGCUUUAUGUAACGCGGGCUGAUCUGAAGCGAUCCGUGGACUAGCGACCGCUAGGAAACUUUGCUCAUUCAUCUUUUCCCUAAAGACGGGGCGAGGGGUCCGGGCCGCGCUGCGCUACUCCGCGCGUGUUACGUAACUGUGGCAGAGGGCCGGAGGGCGCCGCUACUUCUACUCCAGCCUUACCCGCGAGCGGUCCCGUGGACGCGAGCCGCACGUAUUCGCGCCCUCGCCGACAGUUGGCGCGCCGCGACCCCGGUUCGACAUCAGCCACGCUUCGCGCCUAACGCACUGCGUUCUCUCUUUGUUCUAACUUACCGCGAUACCGCUCUUAUCUUGAAUACCCUACUUUUACUACACUUCACGACUGAACCGAUAACGAACUCAAUCAUUGAGGGAAUAGAGUUAGUGGUUCCGGAAAUUUUUGUAAUGGAGUGUGUGUGUGCUCGGUGCUACCGGAAGAUAAAUACAAAACGCUAAAAGGUAGUCCGUCGUGCGCGGACAAGAGUAAUAUGUAAAACGUCACUUCGAGUGUCGACCAAGUGACUUGGUACCGCAGUCCGCCGUCAGGUAGCCGCCGCCAUGGGCAAGAAGAACUCGAAACUCAAACAAGACACAAUCGAUCGGCUGACCACCGCCACUUACUUUACGGAGAAGGAAAUUCGUCUUUGGCACAAAGGUUUCCUGAAAGAUUGUCCGAACGGAUUGCUCACCGAACAGGGUUUCAUUAAGAUCUAUAAGCAGUUCUUCCCUCAAGGUGACCCGAGCAAAUUUGCCUCGCUGGUAUUCCGAGUGUUCGACGAAAACAAUGACGGAUCAAUCGAGUUUGAGGAAUUUAUAAGAGCGUUAUCAGUCACGUCACGUGGAAAUCUAGAUGAAAAAUUACAUUGGGCCUUCCGUCUGUACGACGUCGACAACGACGGAUACAUUACGCGAGACGAAAUGUACAAUAUAGUCGACGCGAUCUAUCAGAUGGUGGGACAGACGCCUCAACCGGAGGACGAGAACACGCCACAAAAACGCGUGGACAAGAUCUUCGACCAGAUGGACAAGAACCACGACGACCGGCUGACGCUCGAGGAGUUCCGGGAGGGCAGCAAGGCCGACCCGCGCAUCGUGCAGGCGCUGUCGCUGGGGGGCGAUUAAUCCACGGUCAUCCUCUCGCCGGACUUCACAUUUACUUAGAGCUACCGACGCGACACCGCACCGCCGUGUCGUGGGGUACCUACCUUCGCCUUUCCCAUAUCCCGGUAGCACCGAGCAAAGCACAUCCACCGUACAUCAUUUAUUCACUUAUUCAUAUUAUACUUGACCGACUACAAAUGUCCUAAAUUUUACCCAUAACAUACGGCGGAUGUUCACUAGAAAUAGUAUUUGCCAAUAUGAACAACGGGCAAAGAGCGAGGCGUUAAUUUGAAUUUACUUUCAGUUUGACGUGUGAUAUAUUAUCGAUAAUUAUUAACAUACCUACUUAUUACUUAAAUUGUAUUCUGCUCAACAUUAGGUAUAUAAAAAUCUAAAACAAGUGUAUUGGACACUUAGCAGAAUAAUAACAACAUUGUAAUGUAUUAAAAAUGAUAAUCUGUGAGAAUAAUAUUUUGAUAUGAUUUACUACCGUAAAGGGUUUGUAGUUUGAUGUUAGGGCCACCGUGUCGUGUGCAAGCGGUCGCAGCUUGCGUCGCCUGCAACUAUCCAUUUUCUAUAU